AUGGCGACCAAGCAACCGGUCUCCUUUGACGACAUUAUCCAAGCUGAUCGUCAGAAGAAGAAGCAAGAGGAGCUCGCAAACCAACUCCUUGGAAAGAACCGCAGAUCCAGCGCGCCAGGCUCGGGCUCCGGCGCCGGCAAGAAAGCACAAAACAAAACACAGAAUGCAAAGCCCGGAAGCCUAGCUAGCAGGAUCGGAGUAGCUAAGCGCUCUGCGUCAGCAACUGUGCAACCCAAGAACAAGCCAGCACCCACCCCAAACAGCAGCAACAACCGAGCACGCGGCAAAACCGGCAAGAAAGAACGCGUGAAUGUGGACCAGGUCCGGACAGCUUUCCAAACCGGGAAUGGCUUAGGGAAUGCGCGAUCAGGCAACAUCACACCGAGCAGCCGUCCGGUCGGUGGCAUGAACAUGAGCAUUAAGGGUGCCUCGGGCCCAUUCAUUGUCGUCGGAAGGAACUUUGCGCCUGGGACAACAGCUGCCGACAUCCAGUCUGCUCUCGAACCCAUAACAGGACCCAUGCUUAGCUGCCAGAUAGUAGCAAACCAGCCGAGUGUUGUUGCGGAAUUUGCAUAUGCGGAGAAAACGGCCGCAGAGCUGGUGGUUGCCAAUUUCCACAACCAGAGGGUAAAUGCCACUCUUGCUUCGAUGAUCCCGGAAGAAAAGAAGGAACUGACACUUGCUUUCCAGGCCGAUGGAAGACUACUCACAAUGACACUCAAAUCGGCCAAGCCCACAACCCACCAAGAUCCCUUCGCCGCACUUCGAGCACAAGCUGAUCAGGAACGACUCCGAGCCCGUCGUGGCCCAGGCCAUAUGAACGAUCUUCUAGCCGAGAACCAGGGAAACCCGCAAACUGGCCUAUACAGCGAUGAAAUGAUGGUCGAUGCGCCGCCGCGGAAUACCCAGAAGAACCAGAACCAACGGAGACGUCGUUGA